CACGCCGCGCGCGUGCGCACGCACAAUUCACCCUCCCUCCCAUUCAUCCACCACGCAUCCUCACUCCCACACUCAUUUCCCCAUAAAGUGUCAGAUGCAAAGCAGCUACGCGUGGCUGGCUGGAUUCUUCCCCAUCUUUCUUCCGAACCGAAUCGGCUCCUUGUCAUGCUCUGCUGUUUUUGGACCCAUCCACACUCCGCCCUUCUUAGCGAACAAAACAGCGCUCCUCGCGUUUGCCGCGUUGCCGUUUGGCGCAAAGCUCCAACUACCUUGGCUUGUGGUGACCUUGAGAAGAAACAUCUUCUGCUAAAAGGUGGAGGUGGAAGGUGCGCGCCGAGGAUCCAGACGUGUGCGCGCACUGACUGGAGGUUAUGACCGACUACCUUCACCUGGACGCUAGGCUGCUGCCGCUCAUGAUGAUGAUGAUAAUGAUGGGAUGCUUGAUGGUUGGUGGAACUGCGCCAGCUGCCCCGGUGAACGUGUCGGUGACCCAGCUUCGAGCCACUUCGGCCAGGGUGACCUGGAACGUCCCUCUGGGAGAGACGGUGAUCGGCUACGGCAUCUCGCUGCAGAGGCAAGACGGCCUGAUGCAACGUUCCAUUCGUGAGGUGAACACAUCAAGUCGCUGGUGUGUGCUGUGGGACCUGGAUGAGUUCACACACUACAGUGUGCAGGUGCUGUCUGUCGGACUGUAUGGUGACAGCCAACCCAGCAGCGCCCUCCACUUCAGGACCUUGGAAAGAAGCGAUCACUACCCCGCUGGAGUGCUUGACCACCAUGAACCAGCAAUGGAGGGUUUGGGAAUGUCUCCUCACCUGCAGACUGGAGAGCUGCUCAUCAUCACCACAGUGCUGCUGCUGUGGGCAGCCGUCAUCGCCCUGUUCUGCCGGCAAUACGACAUCAUUAAGGACAACGACUCAAAUAGUACUCGAGAAAAGUCCAAGAGGCCGCUGGUUCCGGUCGCCUCCUCCUACUACAACACCUCCGCCACCAGCUCUCCCAUCUACCACAACGGCGCCAUCCACAGUGGCAGGCUUCACAGAGCCUCGUCGUCUAUCAGCAUCAUUCGAGUCUGAGAGCCGUCCACGGUUGCAUCGAUGUCCAGGGAGCUUGCCGCGAUUUCAUCGCAGAGACUAAACAGGCGUGUCGGAGAGCCGCAUGACUCCCUACUAAUGAAAGAGGAAGUCGUCAACUCGUGACUUUGACCCUGCCCUGGUUGUGGAGUGUGCAGCGCUUUCGCUUUCUCGUCUGCUCGAAGGGACGGGCCGGGGUGCUUCCUGCCAUGAUCCUUCGAAGACGGAAGUGAAUGUUCGCAAGCAUGACGGGCGAAUUUGGUUUUCUUGCUUUUUUUUGUCACAGAGUGCGGAGCAUUCCGCUUUUGCGCACUAACGGCUUUGGCUGAGCAGACGCAGGAGUUUGUUAGUUUGUUUUCAAUAACUACAUGACUAGAUUACUAACGCCACUAUCAUCGUAAUAAUGUCUUUUAUUUUGGAGGACUUUGAAGAGCACCUUCAAGCAUUAAACUGUUUAAAAGACGCAUAGCAAAUAAUAAAAAGUAUUGUAAGAAACGAAAAAAUAGCAAUAUAAAACAAGAGUUACAUACGUUCUAACCAUA